AUGGCAGAAGAGGGCCCCCAAUUAACCCCCGUGGGGGAGAAGACUCUCCCCGCAAAAUGCAAGGCGCAAACCAUGGCGUACUGUCCCACGAUGGACCUGAUUGCGCUAGCGACCGAGGAUGAAGAACUGCGCGUCUUCCGACUGAAUGGGCAGCGCGUAUUUGGAGGCUCCUUCGGUGGUGAUCCCUACCUAGGCGAGGAUGAAGAGGACGGCGAGAUCAGAGGGAUGGCGUGGAAGGGGAAUGGUCGUUUGCUCGCUGUCGCGUGUGGAGACUGCACGCUCCGCAUCAUCAGUUCUUACAGUGGGAAGACGGUCAAUCACUAUCCUGUUUAUCAGACACAGGGUGAACCAUCUCGCUUGGCUGAAGGGCAGGAGUUAAUUCCCAAGCCAACUUCCGUGGGGUGGAGUAUCAAUUUCACCGACAGCAAGACCGCACAGCGCCAUUUGCUCGACUCUGCUGGUCAGGUCUCUAUUGAGGAUCUUUUGGCGCCCGGUGUUUAUCCCUCAAAGGCGGCAGCCGUCCUCAAGGUGGAUCUGCCUAGGGAACUUGCCUUGUUGGAUAUCGAAAGUUCUUUGCCCAAGCUCACCACACUCCCUACAACAGGAGGUGAGGAUGACGUCUUUAGCUCCCGGGCGUCCAUCGAUGCCAUAUUUCAUUCUACGAAGGACACUGGUGACUCGGUCGAUGUGAUCUCUGUCGGUUUUGACGAUGGCACCGUUCACCUGCGCAUCUUCAAUUGCUUCGAGAUUGGAUCCUUCCCCGUGGGUAGCUCUCCCGGUGUUCCUGAUUCCUGUCGUAUCUUGCGACAUGCAUCUCAUCCCCUCAGCUCAACGCAUGCUCUGCUGGCAUCACCUGCCAGGGGCAAUGAUCGCGGGCCCCUGGAGCUAGUAACAAUGGACCUCCGCUUCAUAACCAAGUCGGGGCGGUAUCUGUCUCUUCUUGCGUCAAAGACGACUCAGCUACAGAAUUUGCUUCGUUACAUUGGCCAAGUUCAGCGCCAAAUUGAGCUUGAGUGGAAGAAUGCCCAGGAGCUUCCGGCUCGCUUUUUACGCAGUGUCAACGAGGACUUGCAAGAGAAAUGCCAAUGUGAUUUCAUUACUGCUUUCUAUCACCUUGUGGUCACCGGUCAUUGCUAUGAGCCAAUGAAGGAGUUCCUGGUGGAUAUUGUUGGGGAGAGAGGCCACAAGAGAUGGGACAAGGCCGUUGCAGGCGGCUACGAGAACAUCCGUCGACUAACACACGAAUGUCUACUCCCAGCCUUAGAGCGCAGUCAAGUGCUCCUCGGUCGAUUGGUCGGGCUUUCCAAGUUCCACAAAUUAAGCGAUGUUCUCGGACUGGACACGACCAAGCUGAAUGCCAUCGUGGAGACACUAGACUGUCUCCACAUUCUGGCGCAUCGUAUCCUCAAUCACGCCAACGAGGAGUUGGAUCAAUUCAAUUCUUUCGCUAGAUGGCUUCGUCACGAAAUCCAUAUCCUCAAUAGCGAACCUUUGUCACAAACCUUGGAAGAGUUGCAGGAAAAGAGGGAUCUCUUCGACGUCCCCCCAACUGUGAAAUACAUUACCGGGGCUUUGACUAAAAGUGCACUCCGCAAUUUCAUUCGACAACUUCCUAUGAUGGGGGUUGUCCCGCCCCCUGCUCCUCCAGCUGGUCAAUGGAUGCCUGAUGGCCAUGACCGGUCUUUCUAUGAUACAUUCAAAUCGCUUCUUCAACAACAGCGCCUGGCUCGAGAAAAGGGAGAGGACGGCACCUCGAUCCAGUCACCCAAACUCAAUGAUUUGACCAAACGCAUGGAGGUGCAGUUCGAAAAGGUCUUCGAAGAGAUCGCUUUAACUCAGCGAAGAGGCAUUCUCCACCGGUCGCCUCUUACACUCCACUCUGACUGCGACCAGCAAAUGAUUGAUGUCACUGUCUGCUACGAGGAUCUGCUUGAAGGCAAACCCUGCACCAUCUACAUUGCUACCAAAUCUACUACCUCAAAACACCAGGUGUAUCUCUAUCGCGUCGUUAUAGACUCGGUGGGCGGAGUCAGCUCAACACGAAGCACAUCUGUCGCAAUUCUAAACCUCGAAAAUGGCGAGGUGCGGCAACUCCAAUUCGUGAACGACGACACGAUCAUGAUCCUCUGGCGAAACAGCGAUGGCCUCUCCCACCUCCUUAAUAUCCCCUUCCAACCUAUCUCUGCCCGUCAACAAGAUCUGGAUGAGCCCCCAGCUCCAACCCUCAUAUACACCGAGACCACCAGCAUUCCAUCUUCCCCAAAACCAGCAGUUCCGGUCACAGAAUUGGACAUCUCAGACGGUAGUCCUUGGGAAGGUGCUCUCAAACAUCUGUUCGCUGCUCAUGGACCUAAAGCGAGACCCGUCCAUGUUGAUGUCAACGGGCGAAAAGGGAGACGUGCUGUUUGCGUUCUGUAUGGGGAUGCCAUGCGCUACGAGGUUCUGGAUCUUGAUGCUGCUAUAGAGGCAGAAGAGGAGGAAGAGGAAUUAGAAGAAGUAGAGGAUGAGUACUCUAAUGAUGAGCAGGAGGAAGUGAUGGAUAGCGAUUGA